AUGUGUUCGAUCAGCCUACUUUUGUUUGCUCUUGCCUUUACAUGGACUCUUGUCUCGGCCGUUCCUUACCCCGUCUUACCCUCAUUCUCUUCCUUCACCAAAGCCGCCAAAGAACCUAUCCUUGGCAGAUUCGAAACAAUAGCCGUCAAAGUCCCGUGUCUUAACUGUCCUGUAUACGAAGAUGACGUGGCCCUCGACUUUGAACUUCAAUAUCCACGUCUUGACUCUUCGACCAAUCUUUGCGAUGUCGACUUCACAUUGAACGGACGCCCUAUUGUCGUCGACCGCGCAAACCCAGCCCAAGCAUCAACUCUGCACAUACCUCGUGGUCUAGCUAACCAAAACUGGGAGGUUGAUCUCGAAAUUCAAGGUCUUUGUGAUCCUCUCAAGGACGAUUCUGUCUCUACCCAGCGCGCCCUCUACUUUAAUGUCACCAAGGUUGCUCAGCAACCUCUGAUCACUCCUGGCACAUUUACUGUCGUCGUCGGUCAAUCAGAGUCGGCACAAAUUCUCAUCGAUUCAGAACUUGAUGAACAAGCCGCCUGUGCCUCAUCGUUGAAGAGUGUGAUCAACGAGAAUUCAUCCAUCCUAUCAAAAAUCGAAGCUAUUCCGAACGACAAUGACAUCGAGUCGAAGGCUGAUAUUCUUACCGUCGAACAAGCCCUUCGUAAUCGUCUCUACGAGCAGGCGACAAAGUUACAAAGGUUGAACCAACGCUGUCAUAAAUCUCUCACUGAAAGUCUAUCCGAUUGUCACGGAGAUCUUUCUUGUAUGAGCAAAGUCAUGUGCCAACGUAUACAUGAUACGACAUACCAAAAGAUCAAGGAGAUUCAAGCAGCUCUUCAAGAUUCUGUCAUGGUGAGCAAGGAUCGACAGGAUCAAUACGUCGCUGCCGAUGAGAAAGACAACUGGAACUUCAACGUCAGCUCUGUGGACAACCUUCUCUCCGAUAUUCAGGAUGGAAACUCUAAAAAGUACGGAAAUCAGCAUCCUUUAGUGCUUGCUCUGGAAAUCCUCGCAGCGGCGAUUGGUCUCACCGCUCUUUGUGCAUUCCUCCGCCGUCGCUUCUGUUCCCUUCGUCGUCGCGUCGAACGUCUUUCGGACAAGGAAGAGCGUCGACGAGCUCGUCAUUUCCGCUGUCUUGCCCGCAAGGAGGCUAUGCGCAAGAAGUGGGCAUCCUUCAAGCAAGUCUUCACGCGUUCGCCUCGCAAUGGAGACUGUGAGGAGAAGCGUGCACUUGUCGUUGAAGCUGCGGGUGCAUUGGUCGAUGAAUAUGCAGAAGGAUGUUCGCAUCAAGUCAAUGAUCUAGAGAUGGGCCACGCAUUCGGGGACCUUCGAAACGCUCGCGAGUUUGUGGUCAAUCUGGUUGGGAGAGCACGCAAAUCAUCAAACGCCGGAUCUGGAACUACCGCUCCGCCCGAAUAUACCGAGGAGAAGUUGCCGGACUAUAUAUCCACGCGUGACUACGCACCUUCAAUCGCUAGCGCGAAUUCUAUGAACACUGGCAUUACACCGGAUAGCAGUAUCAUCAUGACUCCUAGAUGCAGCCGCGAGACGCUGCGCACAGGCACCGACUUCAGCACGGAAUAA